GCGGCUGCGCUACAGUUCUACCCGCGUCUAGUCCUUCAGAUAACAACUCUUCUUCGCCUGCGCACGCAGUAGAGCUCCUGAACGAGCUGAAAACAACCCACGAUAGCUUAGGCUUUGCUACGAUAUUUGGGUUUGACUCCCGAUGUUGAGCAGUUUUCAUUAAUGGUUCGCUACGUAUGCGGCUGGCAAGAUUGCUGUUAAACUUUUGCCUUAACUGGUGCUGGUUCGAAGCCUUCUGGAAGCUCUUUCAAACCCAUAACCCUUAUCAGUCAUUGGGGCAAACUGUGCAUGGGCCAUUCAUUGUUGCUUUUGAACCUGUUCCAAAGAUCCAUUUCCAAUUGCAUUCACUCUCACUGUGCUUGCUCCAUCAGAAAUGCGAGAAUGGCACUAUAUUCGGUACUUCACAUCACCAGUGGGCGCCCUACGAUGUAGAAGGGUGUAUUGACGCCUCGUUCAACAGUAUCAUAUUGCUCCUUUAUCUCUGUUACUUUACUAUUGUUGCAAUAGGCUGCUUUCAGAUGCUGCGAUUCAGAAAUAUCUCUUACCACAGGGUCUGCACAGGUUCUAGCUCUCAGGGAGGUGAUAUAGCUAUUACAUUCCCCACAGAAUCGAACAGUUGCUAUCUUUGUUGGGCGUCAGAAGACUUGUGCUCCUGAUACCCACGAAGUCUCUCGCCCUUUUCAAGGUGCGCCUCUGUGACACGUACACAUAUAAAGAGCCCACCGGUGGGUGUUCAAGGUUCGCUCAGUUCCGUAAAUUGGUCAUACUGGCACAAUGUCUUCCAGCCUUGACAAGCCGUUAAAGCUCAUCGUCAUAACCGGAGGUCAUGGUUUCAUCG